GUGGAUUGAAAAAAUUAUCUUGUUAGAGAAAUUGAAAGAGAAUUGUGUUAUAUACAUUAUGGGGAAUCUGUGUAUGUCUUGUUGUAAACCAUCAACUUCGUGCGAGGAUUUAACUCCCGAUGUGGUAUGAUCGGAAUUUUCAGGAAACUAGAAGAAGAAAGCAGGUGGAAGCUGCUGAAAGAAGGAUUGCUGAGCAGCAGAGCAGAGGUAUUAAAAAUAUUGAUGCUGUUAAAAGACAAGAAAAGUUAGAUCAACAACGAGACAAGCGAGUAGAAGAGGCUGGUAACAUGAACGUGCAAAGUAAUUUAAAGUGGCAAAUGAGUUAAUGUGAACUGUUCAUGGUACCUGUAAAUUUCUUUGGAAAAACAUAUAUUAAACAUACACACAUUACACAUUAAAUGAUAUGGUAACAAUGCUGCAGGUUUGCAUUUUGAGAUACAUAUAGAUACGUUUUUACACUAUGUUUUUAACUAUUUAUAUUAAUAUUUGAUAUAAUGUAUAAAUGUGAGAAUGCUUGUUGUGUGGCUAAAAGUUAAAUGUUACAACUAUCUUUUAUUAAUAAGAAAUGCAAGAUAUUAGGUGUAUAAAUUCAUUUGAAAUAGCGACGCUAGAAGCAUUGAAUUAGCUUAUACACCUAAUAUUUUAACAUUGCAGAUAUAUUAUGUUUUUUAUGCUUUAAACGCAAUGUUAUAAUCUCCUCAGAAUUUAUAUUUUGAUUUGUUGCUCGUUAAAUGUAUUGAAAGAUAUAUUUGUAUAGUAUUGUUAAGUAACAAAGAAGUAUUUAUUUAUACACGUUCAAGAAUAACAAAAUUGUUUAACACAAGGCUCAUGAUAUACGUGAUGUAUAUUUUAUUUCCUUUUAUAUACCAUUACGAAAGUAUUUAAAUACAAUGAUUACAAUAAUAAAUAAUUGUGAUAUUGUAUAAAAUGUAUUUGUAAAUUAGUGCAUAAAUAAAUUGCAAAGCUGACAAAAUAUGUUAUGGACACAAUUACACAAUUAAGUGGUAAGUUGUAUAGUAGGUGGUGGUAAAUAAACAUUUUUUAUAUUG